AAAAAAUUCGUUCCUCAUCGCAAAACAGGAAAGAAAGAAAAAGUGAAAUAAUUCAUUACCGACGAUUGAUGAUGGGACAGGGUAAGUAUGAUGAUAAUAUCCCAAACUGCAAAUGGGCAUGCGUGCAUUGUAAUUUGUAAUUCUUAACUCUAUAUUUUUUUUUCACAAUCAUUUCCCAUAUUUUUAUCAAACUCCAAAAAAAGUAUGCUGUAAUUAGUAGAAGUAAUAUGUUGUCAUCAACGCCAACGUUAUUCCAUCAUCCCAAUCAGAAAUCCCUCUUUCCCUUCACAGAUUUCCAUACAUUCAGCCCCCACCACCAUCCUGCCUGUUCCUCUGUUUCUUGAAACUUCUACUGCCCCCCAAAACCAUAUAUACUCCCGGGAUUUUGCUGUUUUACAGCCGAAAACCGCGUAGAAAUCCAGGUUACCAAGAAGGGACUUUGUGGGGUGCAAUCCCUGUUUCGAUUUUGAGGUGUUAAAGCUGCAGGACAGCAGAAAAAACAAAGAUGGCUGACAAUCCCCAAAGAGUUGAGGAUUACAUGGAGGAGGAUGGAGAAGACGACGUAGAUUCCAUAGUCGAAUUCGAUGGAGAAGUUAAUGAUGAUACCCUAGAUGUGAAUCUUGAUGAAUAUGAUAUGCUUACAAAAGUCACUGAUACAUCGGCUGCACAAGCGAGGAAAGGAAAGGACAUACAGGGCAUCCCUUGGAGCAGAUUGAAUAUAACAAGAGAUGAUUAUAGGGCGACUAGAAUUUUGCAGUAUCAAAAUUAUGAAAAUGUACCUGCUUCUGGUGAAACUGCAGAUAAGGAAUGGAAGCCAACCGAGAAGGGUGGGGAAUAUUACGAGUUUUUCUAUAAUUCAAGAGUUGUUAAACCGACCAUCCUUCAUUUUCAGCUCAGAAACUUGGUAUGGGCAACUUCAAAACAUGAUGUGUACCUCAUUUCCAAUUACUCUAUAUUGCACUGGUCAUCUAUGCUUCACAAAUUGUCUGAGGUCCUUAACUUCUCGGGGCAUAUUGUUCCUACUGAGAAACAUGCUGGGAACUUGUUGGAAGGUUUCUCUCAAACACAGAUAAGCACUAUGGCAGUUUGGGACAGGUUUUUGGUUGCAGGCGGUUUCCAAGGAGAAAUUAUUUGUAAGUGCUUGGAUAAACCAGGUGUAAGUUUCUGUACGAGGGUGAGUUAUGAUGAUAAUGCAAUUACCAAUGCUUUGGAGAUGUAUGAAAGCAUAAGUGGCGAGCGUUAUUUUAUGGCUUCGAACAACGACUGCAGUAUAAGAGUAUUUAACAUGGAGAGAUACGAACUCAUUCAUCACUACCAGUUCCCUUGGCCCGUUAAUGUAAUUGCCCUUUCUUCUGGUUCUCUUUCAUACUUCUCUGGUCUCUAUUGUUUUCUUAGUGAGCUCGGGGCAUUGUUGAAUAAAACUAAUACGAUUGUGCAAUUUUUUAAAGUUUGGAUGUGUCUUUUUCCUUUGCUGGGGAAAGGAAUUGAAUUUUGUCUUGGAUUCUGUUUGGUCUGUUAAAGGAAUAUUUCGCAAGCAUAUAACAUGCACACAGUUUGCGGAGAUAUGUUUUUUAAGGUCAUUUAUGGCUGCUGUUUGUGCGGGAUCAAAUUUCUUCUUGAUUCCUCUAAUAGUAAACUCAGAAGACCAAAAUUUCAGAAGUUAGGAUUCAUUGUGGGGAAAAAUUUCAGAAGUUAUAAUUGACUCGUGCGCGGAAUUAAGAAAACCCUGUCAAUUUCUAGCUGUCGAAAGAACUGAUACCUACCUCCAAGGAUCUCUACCAAUUAGAUUGCCAGCCAAGAGGCUGAUUCCAUCUCUUUCUCUUGUAUGUUUCAUAAUUGUGAUCAAUGGAGUCAGCUGUUUGUGCUAUUUUUCCUGCCAUAUCAUGUGAGUAACUGAUGGUUUUGGUAAGAAGUCCAUGCAGAGUCGACAUAUACAUGUAAUUUUACUCCUUGGAGUUUGAUUGUACCAUUGAAUUAAAUACUUUUCAACAAGCCUUUCCUUUUGAUAAUUGAUCACUGUGUGCACUAAAACUUGGGGAAAAGAAGGGACCUAGCAAAAUGUGCAUGCAUGAAAGUAUUAUUCUGCUUGAAAAUUUGUCUUGGUUUUUUAUGUAGUUUCCAGCAAGACUACCUUAUGAGAAAUUAUGUAGUUUUUCAAGUGCCUUAUGAUUAAUUGUGUUGCAGCACACAUCUUUGAGUCCAGACCGGCGACUUUUGACUGUUGUUGGGGAUGAUUCAGAUGGAUUACUUGUGGAUGCCCACAAUGGAAAGGUAUGAUUAGAUAGCUGACCAAGUAUAUUUUUUUCACUUUUAUUUCUUGAGGUGAUGAAAUAUUUCGGUAUCCUUUACCCUACAAUGCCAAUUUGGUUAGAGUGAGUGAGAGGAGGAGAGGAGAGGGAGAUGUGAGACCUUACAAGACUCAAUUCAAUAUUUGGUUCUUGCAUGCCAAGAAGUUGUAUCUUAAGUUUGCGAAAAGCGUUGGCAACUCAAUGGUUCUGGGAAUAGAAAGCCUCUGUGAUCCUUUCUGUUUAGUCAAUAGUUUUUUGAUGUCCAUAAAAAGGUUACAAAAUGCUCAAUCAAUGUCGUUCUUUGCUUCUCAGACUGUGGCCUCAGUUGUUGGCCAUCUAGAUUAUUCCUUUGCAUCUGCAUGGCACCCAGAAGGACACACAUUUGCCACUGGAAAUCAGGACAAGACAUGCCGAGUAUGGGAUGUAAGAAAUCUCUCCAAACCAGUGGCAGUUUUGAAGGGAAAUAUGGGAGCAGUAAGAUCAAUCCGUUUCUCAUCUGAUGGGCAGUUUCUGGUGGUGGCUGAACCUGCAGAUUUUGUUCACAUAUAUGAUUCCAAGGCAGAUUAUAAAAAACAACAAGAGAUCGACUUCUUUGGUGAAAUUUCUGGGGUAUCAUUAAGUCCAGAUGACGAAUCACUUUUUGUUGGUGUCUGGGACCGAACUUAUGCUAGCCUUUUGCAGUGCAACAAAAGGCGUCAGUAUGGAUAUCUUGAUUCCUUCAUGUGAUUUCUCGGAACCAGAAAAGUGGCCAUGAAGUCCAGUUGGUUGGCCCUUUUUGUUGUAAGAUAGGUAGCCGCCUUACUUGAAACAGAUAUAAUUGAACAUGUUGUUUACCUUUUGCUAGAGUAGAAAAAGAUGUACAGAUUAUAUAUAUAAAAAAUACAUACAACCUUUUUAAGUAUAAUGAAUUUUUAGCAUUGUAGCACCAGUCUUCUGGCCCUAAGUCUAUCUUCGCCAGAAGCCAUGUUAGUAACAUUAUCGAAUCACUAACAUGGCAAAAUUUUUACACUUAAAAAAGGUAGUUGUCAUGUUACAGCCAUAUAUAAAAUUUUGUUC